CCUGUAGCGUCAAUGAGGUAUCACUAGAGGGUAAUUUAUGACAACCUAGAUAAUACUAAGCACAAUGCAUAUAGUUGUAUACUAUAGAGUCACAAGCAUUCAUGAUAAUAAGUAUUGAACUAAAUGAGACAUCAUACACAUAGGCAUCAAACCAUAAAGCAUAAAUGCAUACACAUUGGGCAUCGAAAAUCACAAGCAUAAUAUGAAAUUAUAGCAUCAAUACAUACAAAGACAAACGAGCAGAGUGUUUACAGAAGUUUUUAGUGAAUUUGUGCAGUCUAUCAAACUAAUGAGUCUAGCCCUUUAUUUAUAGUGGUAAAACUCAGCCAAAACCCUCUUAAUCCUACUAGGAAAAUGUUUCUUUGACUUAGGGCCGAAACAAGACCCAACGGUCAUCUAUUUGGGCUUGGGUCUUCUUGUAGUAGGUGGCGGUUGGGACCGUCACUGAUUUUCUUCAUGGACUGGACUUCUUGGCUCAUGAACAACCUUUCCUGAAUAUUUGAUCGCACUUUGUCCAGGUUUCCAUGGGCGCUGGUUGGACUCGUUGCUAGGAUGCCGCUAAUUCUUACUUCUGUUGGGGCCAAGCAUUCCUCCACUAGGCUUCUCUUGGACUCUACUCGUGGUUAAUAGUAGGCUUCUCCGUCAUUGGACAUCGUCUUUAUCAAGAAAGCUCAAUAUUCUUCUCUUUAUAGCUCUUUUAGUCCUCCAAAGUUGUCCAAUGCUUGAUCCAAAUCCUCCUAGGUUGUGUUGUACCUUGAAAACCAUAAAAAAAACAUACCAAGAAGGCAUCAAAUGGUUCACAAAAUAUAUCCUAGGUCUAUUAAAGGAUCAUUGAUCAAAUAUUUGUGAUUUAUAUAUGGAAUACAAGAGAAAGUAUUGAAGAUGUAUUGAUAGGCGGGGAAAAUGUAUCAAAUAUGGGAGUAAUAAACACUAUAAAUAAAGUGUCAUAAAAAAAUACCCCACACUUGAAAUUUACUUGUCCUCAAGCAAACACUACUCAUAACCAUACAACUCAAUGAACACGUUUAAGGGAUGAUUAAAAGUCAUUAGGUAGAAAACAUCACUAGUAAAUUCAAGCAUGUUUAAAGCACAUAUCAUACUAUUUAGCAUUGAAAAGUUUCAAAUUUGAACGACUAAUCUUGUAGAAAGUAGUAAGCAUAUCAAUGCAAAACAUAUCAACCAUUCUCACCCCACACAAAUGAACAUUGUCCUCAAUGGACUAAAAAAUAGUGAGUUAUGGCAAGGUUAGAACGAGUUACCUGGGUUGUUGUUCUAAAUUUGACAUCAUAGUUCAUAGUAGCUAGUUCUCCAUCAUCGCAUAGGAAGACUCAAAAUUGUUAAAAAAAAAUAGCUUUCUCAAAGUCUUGAUCUCCUAACUGUUGGGUCCUUCUUGUGGUGGUCCACUACUGAGAAAGAGAGAACACAAUGAUCUACCAAAGUCUUCCAUCCACGAAUGGAUUCACUGCUGCUCUGCCUCUGCUCUCUGGCACCAAGCUCGAGUAUCCUCAAGCUCCAUGUGUCUCUCCUACUCUAAGGCAUCCUAGUGCUGCUCGUUUAUGGUUUAGUAUGAAGUCAAGUUGUCCUCCUAUCUCCCCAUAUUUGCUCUCAACUCUGCUAGCUGGACUCCAUAGUCUCCAUGUUGUGAUGGUGGUGGUGGGUGGCCAACUCCAUAUCCUUCCUCGUGUAUCCUCUCUAGAUGCACUGUUGGUCUCGCCGCCUGCGUCCAUUACAAGUAGCAUGGGCAACCAUUCCCAGUGAGGUUUACUCCCUUGCUUGUCACCCUCUCUACUCCAAAGGUGAAUUUUGGUUGUCUGUGAAUUGGUCCUUCCCUCUCCAAAGCAUCCCAUAAAACAAAUUCGUACUCAUUUGCAUGAUUGUCGAUGUGCUGGGCUAUAGUCAAAAUAUAGCCCCCUCAUGAAGUCCUCAUAUAGAAUUAACGGUCGUGUACCUCAGAAGAUUGUUGACCACCAACCAUGUUGGAUGAAGCCACUAGUUGUUCAAUACAACAUGAUACGUGAUCAUGUCACUGGUGGUUACCUUUCAAUCAUCUCCUUUCUGCUUCACAUGAAAGUUGGUUUGGCCAAAGUAGUGUGGGAACCUCAGAAAUGGCAGUUGAAUGUGAGUUUGUGGUGAAGAGCUAGCAGCAAACUCAGACUCCUAGUUCCUUGUAAUCUUCUUCCACAACUCUCAAAAGAUUGUUGCUUGUGUUGUGGGUUCCCCAUAAGCUUCAAGGAUUGCAGCAGACAUGAUAACUCAAUUUAACUGUAACUUUGUCAGCUGGGACUUGAUUGUAUCUUGCAACCCAAGUUAAGUGUAAAUUUGUCAGCUGUGACUUGAUUUUAUUUGUAGGUUGCUUAAACAACUGAAUUAAUGUAAAGAGAGAAAAGGUUAGCUCUGAUUCAAAAGGCAUUGUAGCAAUAAAGGGAACAUAAUGCAUAGCAUGCAAUUAGGGUCAAGAGCAUCCAAUACAAUGACCUAGUGAUGAACACUAACCCAUAGCAUGCAAUUAAGGUUAAGAGCAUCCAAUAUAAUGACCUAAUGAUGAACACUAACCCUAGAUAAUAUUUGAAUCCACGUCUAAUAAGAACCAUCUAAUUCAUUCCAACGCACUUUCACUAAUAUUUAAGAUACCUAUGAAAUUGUAGAAUCUAAUGAUAACUUAUUUUGAGCUACAUAAGAAUCCAUAACAUAUCUUUUUUUUAUCACUUACAUGUUUUUUCAAGUAGUCACAUUUGAUUGUCUGCUGCUGAUUUUCUUUAAGAGCUUGCCUUAGAAGUGCAGUUGGCUCAAUAAUAGCUAGUAUAAGAUCAUGUGUAUGUUUGGAAACUUUUAUAAGGGAAUCUUGCUCUUCACCUUCCUAUGUUGAUUCUUCCAAUUGAUGCUAUGAUUUCAUACGAUUGAUCGGGCUUUACUGAAGAAGAAGGGGAGGGUCCGUCGGGUGUCAUAUUUUGGCCAAGUUUACUGUACUUCCGACCCUUGUUACGUGAUCGUAAUCUUUUACACCAAAUAAGAGUUCGACCCAAUGCUUUACUUUUGUCCUAGUUGAUCCCGAUUUGACAUUAGAAGUAUAUUGAUUUUCCCCCAAUAACCGAAUACUUUUGUACUAUUCUUGAAUCCCCGGCUAUUGACUCAGUUGUUGUUAAAUUCAAGCCGGUUAGAAUGGACCCUUUUGAAUGGGAAGAGGAAAGGAGAUAGAACUGCGAAGAAGGGAGAAUAUGCGAGUCCAAAAGGUUGGCAGUGCAAUAAGAAAGGUGUUGUUAUUCAACAAUGUGGCAAAUCAACUAUUAUAGAAAAGCUCACUUAACACUUUCUCAUUCACACCACCCGACUCGUGCACUAUAAAGACCAAGGCAAAGCCUCUUAUUUUGAUUUUUUGGCUCGUAAGAUAUUCCUUGGGGGAAGGAGAGAUCCAAAAGCCGACUCUCGUUCUUUGGUACUUGGAAUAAUUAUACCAUUUCCACUACGAGUAGCCUUUUUAGUGCUAGUUGAACGUAAAGUAAUGGCUUUUGUGCAACGUCAAAAGGGUCCUGAUGUAGUGGGAUCAUUCGAAUUGUUACAACCACUCUGAGAUGGUUUGAAAUUGAUUUUAAAUAUUUGGUGUUGCGUUAGUGAUUUGGUUCCAUUUUCCAAUCAUAGGAACAAAGCAUAGAAGGUAUG